UCACAUAUGACAGACUCUUAGAAAGCACACCUACACAUAUACCAAGAGUCUGUCCAUUAAUUUACCAUUGCUGAACUUCUUCUGCUGUGACUUACCUUUUUUUCCCCCCAAACCUGCACUUUCAAUAUUUUCUGUUUAUUGUGUGUUUUAGACACAUCUGACAACAUGUCCCUUCUCAGGGCUACUCUGCUGGUUUUUUUGCUUGAUUCCAUUUCCUGUGUUCAGUUUUUGGCACCUUUGAACAUGGGAGGAGUCAUUGGGAUGGUGGAGUUUAACUCAACCUCUCAAAUGGCCACUGUCAGCGUGUCUGGGGCUGGAUCCUGUGGUUCAGUAAACAUUUCCCUCAGCGAGUUUCCCGUCAUGUAUGGCCACUUUGCUCAGCCCUGUUCUGAACAAAAUAUCGGCUCCAGCAUCUUCACUUUUACGGCUGAUCUUGCCUCAAAUUCUAACAUCAAUGUGUCCAGCCUCUUUGCGCAAAGACCAAACCUUGAUGACUUCUCACUGUCGUUGCAAACGUGUAACGCAACUAAAGUAUGCACAGUUGUAAGUCAAGGUCAGACCCUCGGAACUAGUCAGGCCAGGUUCUAUGGGCCCAUCGCGGGUAACGUUUAUAUCCGUUAUAACAUGGAUAAUGCCAGCUCCAGGGUUCUUGCAGAUCUUGUGACAAUUGGUCAAGUUAAUGCCUCACAAACAAAUGUCACUCUCUAUAGAGCUACAAGUACUGCUGCAAACUGUGAUAUUCUACUUGGAAACUUAGAUACUGCAUCUUUGACCUCUCUGGGUUCCAUAAAGGUCGGGACCCCUAUGCAGCUCCAGAAAUCCCGUCUGGACCUCAGUAGCUUCCAAACCACAAAUGGGUUUCUUUUCCUUAAGGUGGGGUCAAGUUUCAGGUGUGCUCAGAUCUAUAAUGUGGCAGUGAAACAGGUUAGAGCUGAUGUGAACAUGAAUGGGAUCAAAGGAUACUUCAGUUUUCGUCAGGCUUCCCCUUUUGAUCUCACACUGUUGAGUGUCAAUCUGACCAAUUUACAGAGCAAAGUUGCCUUUUACCAUGUCCACUAUUUUCCUGUCAGGUCAUUAACAAACCGGUGUUCAAAUGAUAGUAUAGGUGACCACUGGAAUCCAUUUAGUUUGAACAGAAGUAGCCCAACUUACCCAAAAGGCCCAGGGUCAACACAUGACAUGUAUGAGGCGGGUGACCUCAGUGCCAAGCACGGGAACAUCUCAGGCAAAAAUAUGGUGGACAUGACAUUCACAGACUUCAAUCUUCCCCUUUUUGGAAAGAACAGCAUUGUAGGUCGCUCAGUUGUCAUUCACCAACCAAAUGGUUCGAGGUAUGUUUGCACGAGUAUCAGUUAUCCUGGCGAGAUAAUUGUAGGCAGAGCCAUAUUUUCAAGCCCUGUGGUUGGUGAGGUCUGGUUCACACAGCUGGUGAACAACCCCCUCUCUGAUGUAUCCAUCUUUGUGAAUUUGGCAUACGGAAAUCCUACAACACCAACCAAAAACCACAACUGGCAUGUUCACGUCUACCCCAUCAGCUCAGAGAGGGAUGAUGAUCAAGGCCGCUGUACCACAACAGGAGGUCAUUGGAACCCCUUCAACGUCAGCAUCGAUGCCAGCUAUUCCCUCAACUGUAACCCAUCUGGUCCCCUAUCCUGUGAGGUGGGAGACCUCGCCAGCAAACACAGUACCAUUGAUCUUGGAACCACGUUAACGGUAGUGGCAGCAAAAUACUUCUUCACUGAUGUCACCUCCUGGGUGCCCAAGCCCGGCAUUAUUGGCCGUUCUGUGGUCAUCCAUCAAGCAGAAAGAGGCGGGCCAAGAGUAGCCUGUGCCAAUGUCACACUGGUGCAAGUUCCCAAAGCUAGCUUAGGUACAUGGUUUGGCCCUGGAGUUUCUGAUGGACAAGUGGAUUUCUCCCGGGCUGUGCCACAAGGUCCCACAACUAUAAAUGUUUCCUUAAUGAGCCUGAACUCCAUAGCUAGUGGUUAUCAUGUUCACGUGUUGCCCCUCAUACCUGGCAGUGCAGAGCCCUGUUCAAAUGCAAACAUCCAGGGCCACUUCAACCCACUAGCCUGGAACGUAUCACAGUCCCCCCCUCCUGGAGUUGGCACUGUGGACCAGUAUGAGAUGGGAGACAUCAGCGGGAAGUUCGGCACGCUUAAUGAUCAAAACAACUUUGGAGCUGUAUACAUGGACCCUGACAUGUCGAUGAAUGGACCCUACAGCAUAUUGGGAAGGUCACUGGUGGUUCACAAUGUCAGUGGAGCAAGAAUUAGGUGUGCCGACAUCUUGGCUGAUAGACUCACAGAUGGUGAAUGGGUUAUUGCCAAGGCUGUCUUUAAUGGUACAGUGACCGGGACAGUUAGACUGCGACAGCAGGUGUUCCUCGAUGGGAGCAGCAGCGAUGUUACUCUGGAGGUGAACCUUAAGUCAUCUGCAGGGGAAAAAUCUACAGCGUCCUUGUUCAUCACAACUAAUCGGGUUGGCUCCAAUGACACCGGGUGCAACAGUGUGGGAGACACAUUCAAUCCCUUCAACAUGACAUCGAUGAACUCCACCUGUUCUUUAGAAAACCCACUGAGCUGCGUGGUGGGGGAGAUAUCGGUGAGACACGGCAUGGUUAGCCUGACACAGAGACAGUUCUAUACUGACAGCAUUAUUCGCCUCUCCGGAGACAGCACAGUGGUCUUCAGAUCUUUAGUGCUGAAGAAUGGAGAAAACAUCACAGCCUGUGCCAACAUCCUCCCUGAAUCCCCAUCAGCAGCGCAGACGUUUCCCAAUGUGACUACAUUCAGCCGGUAUGACUUCCGAAACAGGGUAGCUGACGUACUGCAAAUGAACCUGGCAAGAGUUACUAUCCUGCCCACAUCUCCUCAAUCUGUAUCUGGGGGAACAUGUCAGCAAGUCAACUUCAUGAUAUCUGGGAAUGUGAGCACUGACCUGCUGAGCUCUGUCAAAACCAGUGAGAAAAUGGGCGUCUUCAGAGAGUCUGACAUAUGUACAAGAAGUACAAGUCCGACUCCAAGUCCAAGUGCAAGUCCAGCCCUCAUGCCAUGGACUUUUCUUCGUGGCUUGAUGUUCGCCUUCGCCUGUCUGCUGCCUUCAGCAACUUAUUUAUAGCUCGGAGACUCAGCCACACCUUGCACCGUCGGUGGGGUUACACGACCUUAAAAAGAUUGUAAAUAGAAUGUCAAAUGGCACAGUGAUCAUCAAGCGAAUAAACACAAUCUGUUACAUUGACAUUUUUUUUCAGUCAAUGAAGAAUUUCCUUUUUUUCAUUACUUUUAUAAAAAUAUAAAAUAUAAAUGUAAAAAUAAGCCUUGUUACCUACAAUUAUUAGGUAACAAGUAAGAGUUUAAUGUUUAGAAAUUUCUGCAAACUAGAUUUUUUUUCUAUUUAUGUCAUUUGGUUUCUUAAAUGGGUGGGUGGUUUUAUUGUAUCUUCUGGCCUCCAGACUUUGUUCUUCAUGUAUGCACUCUCCAAAUAUCCAUGUGAAAUUUUGUGUAUAUCUUGAAAAUUGUGAAUAAAAUACAAUAAUGUUUGGAUGCCUUGUCAGUUUCCAGAAUAAAUGUGUUUAAAUUGCA